AAAAGAGUGUAAAACCUGCCUACAAAUUGAAAGAGAAUGACAUAAACAACAACACAAAGAAAGAAAGCCAGAAAGAUAUCCCAAAUUUUGCUUGCAAGUUGUCAGCAGCAACUAUCGACUCUAAAAGAAUUCCCAAUUCCCAAUCCCCCCUACAAAAUCCAUUCCAUAAACCCUAGAUACAUACAGUUUCCUUUAUUCUUCCAGAAUCUUCUCCGAUGGCGGCACUGUCAGUCUCCGACUUACCGGCGAUGUAUACGCUGCUUUCGAAUUCACUUAGUGGAGAUGAAGCUGUUCGCAAGCCUGCUGAAUCCACGCUUGCUCAGUCCGAGAAUUUGCCAGGGUUUUGUUCUUGUUUGAUGGAAGUGAUAACUGCAAAGGAUUUGGUAUCUCAAGCGGAUGUUCGUCUAAUGGCGUCAUUAUAUUUCAAGAACAGUAUUAAUCGGUACUGGAGGAACAAGCGUGACUCGUCGGGUAUUACUACUGAGGAGAAGUCACAUUUGAGGCAAAAGUUGUUGUCUCACUUGAGAGAAGAGAACUAUCAGAUUUCUUUGACACUGGCCGUUCUAAUCUCUAAAAUAGCUCGCAUCGAUUAUCCUAAAGAUUGGCCCGAGCUGUUUUCUGUUUUAGCUCAACAACUUCAAUCAGCGGAUGUUUUAACAUCACACAGGAUCUUUAUGAUUCUCUUUCGGACAUUGAAGGAAUUAUCUACCAAACGUCUUGCUUCAGACCAACGAAACUUUGCUGAGAUAACAUCCCAGUUUUUCGACUACAGUUGGCAUCUCUGGCAGAGUGAUAUGCAGACUAUACUAAACGGCUUCUCUUCUCUUUCUCAAAUUACAAACUCAAAUGCUUCUCAUGAUGAUCUUCAUUUAACUUGUGAAAGAUGGUUUCUCUGUUCAAAGAUAAUACGUCAGUUGAUUGUUUCAGGGUUUCCCAGUGACGAAAAAUCUUUACAGGAGGUUCCGCCCGUCAAGGAGGUCUGUCCGUUGAUGUUGAAAGCAAUUCAAUCUCUCCUUCCAUAUUAUUCAUCUUUCGGUGAACGCUAUCCGAAACUUUUUGAAUUUAUACGGAGGGCAUGCACUAAGGUGAUGAAGAUCUUAGUGGCAAUUCAGACAAGACAUCCUUAUUCAUUUGGUGAUCAGUGUGUUCUUCCACUAGUGAUGGACUUCUGUUUGAAUAAGAUCAUAGAUCCUGAACCGGAGAUAAUGUCGUUCGACAAGUUUCUUAUUCAGUGUAUCUCUAUGGCUAAAAUUGUUUUGGAAUGCAAGGAAUACAAGCCAAUCAUGACUGGACGUGUGGUAGACGAGAAUCUGGUGACCCUUGAGCAAAGAAAGAAAAAUAUUUCUGGUGCUGUAGCUGGCGUACUCACAUCUCUUUUGCCCAAUGAAAGGGUCGUACUCUUAUGUAAUGUCUUGAUAAGGAGGUACUUUGUACUAACGUCAAGUGAUUUGGAGGAGUGGUAUCAAAACCCCGAGUCUUUUCAUCAUGAGCAGGAUGCAGUUCUUUGGUCUGAGAAACUAAGACCGUGUGCCGAAGCACUAUAUAUUGUUUUGUUUCACAAUCAUAGCCAACUGCUAGGCCCUGUUGUUGUUUCUAUUCUUCAAGAGGCAAUGAAUGGUUGUCCUCCUUCAGUAACUGAUAUUACUUCAGGGAUGCUUCUAAAAGAUGCUGCUUAUGGUGCAGCUGCUUAUAUCUAUUAUGAGCUAUCAAAUUAUCUCAGCUUCAAGGAUUGGUUUAACAAUGCUUUAUCAUUAGAACUCACAAACGAUCAUCCUAACAUGCGGAUCAUACAUAGGAAAGUUGCACUUAUUCUUGGUCAAUGGGUUUCUGAGAUUAAAGAUGAUACCAAACGACCAGUCUAUUGUGCGCUGAUUAAGUUGUUGCAACACAGAGACUUGUGUGUCAGGUUGGCAGCAUCUCGAUCAUUGUAUUUCCAUAUUGAAGAUGCAGCUUUCUCACAGCAAGAAUUUUCUGAUCUUCUCCCAGUUUGUUGGAAAUUGUCUUUUAAACUGGUUGAGGAUGUUCAGGAAUUCGAUUCCAAGGUUCAAGUUCUAAACACAAUUUCUGUAUUGAUUGCCUAUGUUGGUGACAUCAUUCCAUACGCCAAUGAAUUGGUUCAGUUUUUUCAAAAGUCGUGGGAGGAAUCUUCUGGUGAAAGCCUUCUGCAGAUUCAGCUUUUGACAGCACUGAAGAACUUUGUAGUUGCUCUGGGUUACAAGUCCCCUAUGUGCUACACUGUGCUGUUGCCCAUUUUAGUAAGUGGGCUUGAUAUUAGUAGUCCUGAUGAACUCCUUGAAGACAGCAUGCAGCUAUGGGAAGCCACAAUUUCUAAUGCCCCUUCAAUGGUCCCGCAAUUGCUUGGAUACUUCCCAAGUCUAGUGGAUAUACUGGAAAGAAGUUUUGAUCACUUGAAGGUUGCUGCAUCUAUCAUUGAAGGUUAUAUAAUUCUUGGAGGGACGGAGUUUCUAAGUUUGCAUGCUUCAAGUGUUGCUAAGCUGUUUGAUAUUGUUGUGGGAAACGUCAAUGAUAGAGGCUUACUUUCUAUUCUACCUGUCAUUGAUGUUCUGUUUCAGUGUUCUCCUUCUGAUGGGCCACAGUUAAUUAGCAGCACCCUUCAGAAACUGAUGGUUAUAUGCUUAACUGGAGAUGACCGUGUUCCUACGAGUACAUCUGUAAAAGCAUCUGCAGCUGCCAUUCUGGCAAGGAUUUUGGUAACAAAUACCAAUUUCUUGGCGCAGUUAGCAUCAGAGCAAUCACUUUCAAUGCUCCUUCAGAAUGCCGGUUUCUCCGCCGGGGAGAACAUACUUCUUUGUCUCGUUGAUGUAUGGCUUGACAAGGCUGACAAUGUGAAUUAUGUUCAGAAGAAGACGUUUGGAUUUGCACUCUCUAUAAUCCUGACAUUGAGGUUGCCUCAAGUACUUGAUAAGUUAGAUCAAAUACUGAGUGUAUGUACAAGUGUAAUAUUGGGUGGAAGUGAAGAUGCAACUGAAGACGAAUCUAGCAGCAGUGAUAGUAUGAGCUCUAGCCGACCUCAGUUUCCGAGUAAAGAGUUCAGGAGGAGACAGCAGAUGAAAAUGUCGGACCCGAUAAAUCAGUUGUCACUGGAGAACUCGGUGAGGGAGAAUCUUCAAACAUGUGCUAACCUACAUGGAGAGGCCUUCAAUACUGCCAUGGCUAAAAUUCACCCUUCAGCACUUGCCCAACUUAAACAGGCUCUUAAAAUGACAUAAUUACUCCAAUGCCAUUUGUGCCAUAUCCAUUUUUUUUCUUACCAAUUUGGACCAGAUUCGGGGCAUUCUUACCAUACCAUGCAUGAUAGAGAUGCUCAUAGAGUAAAAAACGUGAGGUGGUGGUUUACAGAUUCUUGUGAUUUUGAUUUUUGGGAUGGAUUUGUUUGAAUUAAGUUGUGGUUUCUUGAAGAUGCAGAGGUGCAGUGUAGAUAGUGUGGUCCUUCAUGUCUGUUUUUUAAGGGUGUGAAGGUCAACAUAUUUACUUUUCAUGUUUGGCCGAAAAUUGUUACAUCAAAUGAGUUGUAAAACUAUGGAGAUUUUGGUUGCAAUUGCCUGCACCAUAAAUCAAGCCUUUGGCUCUAUACCUGACAAGUUUGGAAUUGAAGUGGUUUUUUUUCUUUAUUUUUAUGUUUUCAUGUCAGGGCAUA